AUGGGAUUUAACAAGGUAUUGUUCUGCGUGUGCACCUUACUAGUGAUCUAUAGUUCUCAUCUCUCUGAAGCUAGAAAGAAAGGUCACAAUCCUCACCAUGGCCAUUCCCACCGUGACCAUCCCCACCAAGACAAGCCCCCACAAGACCUGGCUAAUGAACGCAACAAAGUUCCCGGAAAGGUACCGACUCCCGACCAUCCCAACCAAGACAAGCCCCAGCAGGAAAUGACUAAUGAACACAACAAAGUUCCCGUUCAGGUGCCAGCGCCCAACAAUCCCCACCAAGACUUCAUUGAUGAACACAACAAAGCUCGAGCCGAGGUUGGUGUUGGUCCGAUCACAUGGAACGACACAGUUGCAGUGUACGCACAAAAGUAUGCUGAGUCGAAAAUAGAGACCUGUGAAAUGGUGCAUUCUGAAGGACCCUAUGGUGAGAACUUGGCUGAAGGUUAUGGUGAAAUGACGGGUGCACAAGCUGUCAAGUUUUGGGUGACUGAGAAGACUAACUAUGAUUACGCUUCUAACAAAUGUGUUAAUGAUGAAUGUGGGCAUUAUACGCAAGUGGUUUGGCGCAAUUCUAUUCAUCUUGGUUGUGCUAGUGUCAAGUGUAAAAAUGGGUGGGUGUUUGUAAUUUGUAGUUAUGAUCCUCCUGGCAACUAUCAGGACGAGCGUCCAUAUUAA